AUGGCCGAAGAACAGAAGACCCCCGUUACCAACACUGAAGCCGAGAAGGAUGUCCAGAACGUCCUUGCCGAGCUGAAGGGUGAGGCUGGUGCUUCCGAGCAGACCGCCCAGGACGCCGAUGAGGCCCGCAUCGUCGCCGAAGCCGCCAAGCUCGGCGAGAAGUCUGAGAAGGCCGAAGAGAAGGCAUCCGAGCCCCAAGAGAAGCGCGAAACCCGCUCCUUCCAGCGCGGUGGUCGCGGCGGCCGUGGUGGUCCCCGCCCCAAGACCAAGUUCGACCCCUCCACCCUGGAGGAGACCGACGACCCUGUCGAGAUCCGCAAGCAGGUCGAAUUCUACUUCUCCGACUCUAACCUCCCCAUGGACAAGUUCCUGCUCUCCAAGGUCGGCGGCAGCGCCAACAAUGCUGUCUCCCUUGAGCUCCUCCACUCCUUCAAGCGCAUGCGUCGCUUCCAACCUUUCACCGCCAUCGUUGAGGCCCUUAAGACCGCCGAGAACGUUGAGCUCACCGACAACGACACCGCCGUUAAGCGCAAGGUCCCCCUCCCCGAGUCCAUCGACGAGGUCGAUGAGAAAUCCGUCAAGGUCUUCGAGGAUGCCUCCAUGCCCCGCUCCGUCUACGUGAAGGGAUGGGGCUUCGGUGCCGAGGAGCCCACCACCCAGUUGGACAUUGAGUCUUUCUUCGCUCCCUUCGGUCCCGUCAACGCUAUUCGUCUGCGCCGUACCCACGAUAAGACCUUCAAGGGUAGCAUCUUCGUCGAAUUUGUCGAUGAGGACAAGCAGAAGGCUUUCCUCGCCCUUGAGGAGAAGCCCAAGUGGGAAGGCAAGGAGCUUAUUUACAAGAGCAAGAAGGAGUACUGCGACGAGAAGGUCGAGGAGAUUAAGGCCGGCAAGGUCUACCCCUCCGAUGGUCGCAACCGCGGUCGGUCUGGCGGCCGUGGCGGCCGUGGUGGUCGCGGUGGUCGCGGUGGACGUGGCGGCCGUGGCGGUGACCGUCGUGGAGACCGUGGUGACCGCGACAGCCGUGACAACCGUGACUGGCGCGAGCGCCGCACUGAGGACCAGCAGAACGGCUUCCAGGCCCCCAAGGAGGCCCAGAAGGAUUCUCGCGGCGUUCCCGUUGUCCAGAGCACCAAGCGCUCCCGCGAUGACGAAGGUGCCAACGGUGACCACCCCGCCAAGAAGGCCGAUACCAAGGAGUAA